AUGAAAUUUCAUCAUUUCGAACCCUAUGGUCAACCAAUUGGAUUCCACAGACCGAAAUUCUUUCUUAAUAAGGAUUUGAAGUCACAAACUCUUGAAGAGAUUAUUUCAAAAUUGGAUUCAUCAACUUAUGCAAACCCUCCUUUGAAUAAGACUACCACUUCCCAAUCCUUAACUGCUGACAAUACUUCCACUGUUGAAACUUCUUCUAGUGAAACUGCUGCUGAUGUUGGUGUUGAUGAUAUUGUUGGCGCUGUUAAAGCUGCUGCUUGUGAAUCUCAAUUUACCAUUAAACAAUCCAAGCGUGCAAGAUUUAAGAAAUGGAUGGAAAAUGCCAAAUCCAAAGGUUUUAUUGUUGAUGUUUCAAAAGAUGCUGCUGUUGAUUCUGGUUUCAAUUCAAAUUUAGUUGAUUGUGUUUGUCCCUCAAAGGACACAAAUACGAUUGAUGUUGCUCCUGCUAAAACACCAAAUACAAAUACUUCUGCUACUACCUCAAUAAAUACUGCUGCUACUAUCUCAACAAAUACUGCUGUUACUACCUCAACAAAGACUGCUGCUACUACCUCAACAAAUACUACUGCUUCUAUCUUAAGUCCAAUUAAUACUGAUACUACCUCAAAUAUAAACACCGAUGCUCCACCAUCCACUUCUGUUAGUCCACCUCAUUCAGUUGCUGGUUCCAAGCGUGCAAAAGUGAAAGGAUGGUUUACAAAGAUCAUGUAUGGGGAUUCACAAACCAAUAUUUAUGAUGUUGGCUCAAAUGAACUGGAAACUGAUGACACCGAUGUCAAUGAUAAAGUUAUAUUUAUUGAUUAUUUUACUUCCACCUCAACUGAUUCACAAAGUAUUCAUUCCAAGACUAAUACUGCCCCAUCAACCAGAAUUUCUAAACGCGCCCAAGUAAAGCAAUGGUUUAAAGGUUUCAUCUACCCACAAACAGAUGACUCUGAUAAUGAGCAAAGUAAUAUAGACUCUGCUUUAGCUGAUACUGAUGAAAAAGUUGAUUCCAAUUGUUUGGGUGCUGUUGGAUGUUAUUUAAUUGAACCUUCUUGUGCAAACAACGAUGUAAAUUCUUUUACAAGUGUCCGCUGUCUUGUAUCUGAACCUUCAUAUGCAGAUAAUUCAAAUUCAAUUGAAUGUUCCUCCCCGGUUUAUAGCAACAUUGUUACGGACUAUUCCACUUCUUUUUUUCAACAAUUGAAGCAUUGGUUUGUGAGAUUAGUGUUUGGAAGAGAAAUAUUCCGCGAUACGAAUUCCAUGGGCGUUCCCAUUGAUCGUGAUUAUCCUGAUAAUAAUUCUGAUUAUUUUGACUACAAUUCCUCUCAACCUAAAAAUUCACUCAAUGUGAACAACGAACUUACUUCAAACUAUAACGGCACCUAUGAUAAUGUUUGUGAUCUUGCAAUUGGUGGUGAAGAUUCUGAAUAUCCUGAUAAUAAUCCUGUUACUUUUGACAAUGGCUCCUCUGGACUUGAAGUUGAUUUUAUUCAGCGUAAAUUACACGUUGUUGAAGAAUUAGAUGAAUCAGAAGGGUCUAAAACAUUUGAAAGCUCCAAUUUGAACCCAAAUGUGAUACCCACCUAUAGUCCUUCAAUUUCUUUCACGAAAUGGAAUUCCCUUUCAAAAUCCAACCCAGUAACCGCUGAAACAUUCAUUUCUGUUGAUAGUAUUCAAACUCCAAAUUUAGCAAGAUCCAAGCCAUUUUAUUUUGUUCUGAUGGAUUCAUCGAAUAAUUAUAAAGCAAAUCAAGAAAAGAGUUGUCUGUUUAUGACCAAAUAUAAAUCAAAUCAAGAGCUAUUAUUUGGGGUUAGACUUUGCCUGUUUAUGGCCAAAAAUAAACCAAACCAAGGAUUACUAUUUGGGAUUAAACCUUGUCUGCUUAUGACUAAAAUGAUUUACAAAGGCAAUAAUAAACAAUAGAUUAUUGACAACCCAAUUGAAAUUGAUAAAACAAUAUCCACAUAUGAUUAAAGAUAUGAAUGAAUAUGUACCUAUUUCGAGGUUCCGUUUAGUUCAAAAAAAACAAAGCUAAAUCCCUUCACUUCGUCUUCAGAUAAUAAUAUCUAUUCUGAUUGCGAAUGAAUCUGUACUUAUUCCGAGGAUUUUGUGAAUUUUAUCCCUAAACUUUCAAUCAUCAAGUUCAAUAUUAUCACCUACAUUAAUCAUGGUGAAAUAGUGAAUGAGUUAGUACCUGCUUCGAGGUCCGUUUAGUUCCAAUCUAAACCCCUUCAACUUCAUCUUCAGAUAAAUCUCCUGAUUAUGAACAAGCUUGUACCAAUUUCGUGAUGAAAGUUAAUGAUAUUACAUAAUCCUUAAAUUCGAUAUUAAAUUUCAUUGUGGUUAAUUGUUUCCUUUAUUACAUGGAUCUCAAGGUUCAAACAGGUAUUAGCUCCAGCUUCAAGUUAUUCUUGUCUUACAUUUUGUUUUACAAUAUCUAAAUUAUGACGCUGGUUGAUUUGGUAUUUUCCCUUCAUUUGUUAAUAUGAUGGUUGGUCUUUGUUUGGACAACAGUAUUUAUUAUCUUCAUCAUAGAGGGUAAUAUCUUUGGUUAACGUAUCUUCUGUUUUGAUUUUGGUGUUUGGUCUUCGGUUUAAUUGGUUGUUUCGUUUCAGUAUAAUUGGUCUUUUUGCUAUUUUUGGUAUUUGGUAGUAACAGUUUU